UUCGAAAGGUCUAAUUCGAGGUCUCCUCCUGUACUGUAGCUAGUACCUACGUACCUCCCUAGUGGGACCCCGAUCAAAACCGAUUCGAUUCCCAGAACACUGCUACUGCUGCUGUACUACUGCUACUACUAUACCACCAACAUCCUCCCUUCUGCAUGAGACGCUUCCUCUCUAGAACUAAAAUAAUUAGAAAAAAGGCCUCACAUCUUAUUUUGACUACCACCCCCCCUCUCCCCCCGCCAUUCAUUCCCUCUCCUCCCUUUUCCUCCCUCCGCCUGUCGUUCCCGCCAGAGUAUUAUUCUCACCUCAACUCGCAUCGCCGCCUUCAAAUCCCGCCGCCGCCCACUCACACAUAUGCGGCUGUUAUACCUCCCCUCCCGAUUCCGCGUGCCAUCCUCUUCUUUCGACACCAAUCGUCCCCAUGGUCUUAGCCAUGGCGAAUAACGGGUAUGUGCCUUUUUAUCCUGCUGAGGGAGGGCGAGCUGCGUCGGAAAUCCUGUCGCAGCCGAUCCUCAACUUAUUUUUUAAGC